UUCCGGGCACGCGAGGCUCGGAGGGACCCCAUGGAGGCUGAGUCGCCCGCUAGCACGGGGGCCAGCGAGCCCCGGGCGCUGGGGACGGUGAGCAGUAUCGGCAGCCAACUGAGCAGGAUCCGAGGCAAACUCUUCACCUGGGAUAUUUUGAAGACCAUAGCCCUGGGUCAGAUGCUGUCCUUGUGUAUUUGUGGCACAGCCAUCACCAGCCAGUAUUUGGCAGAAAAGUACAGAGUGAACACGCCCAUGCUUCAGAGUUUCAUCAACUACUGCUUGCUCUUCCUGGUUUACACCGUGAUGCUGGCGUUUCAAUCUGGCAGUGAUAACCUUCUGGAGAUUUUGAGAAGAAAAUGGUGGAAGUAUACUCUCCUUGGGCUUGCUGAUGUGGAAGCCAAUUAUCUGAUCGUCAGAGCGUACCAGUACACGACUCUGACCAGUGUCCAGCUCUUGGAUUGCUUUGGGAUCCCUGUGUUGAUGGCUCUCUCCUGGUUUAUUCUCCGGGCAAGAUACAAAGUGAUCCACUUCAUUGCCGUGUUUGUCUGUCUGCUGGGUGUAGGGACCAUGGUUGGCGCAGACAUAUUAGCCGGGCGAGAGGAUAAUUCAGGGAGUGACGUUCUUAUCGGUGACAUCCUGGUCCUGCUUGGGGCUUCCCUGUACGCUGUGUCUAACGUGUGUGAAGAGUACAUCGUGAAGAAGCUGAGCAGACAGGAAUUUUUAGGAAUGGUGGGACUAUUUGGAACAAUCAUCAGUGGCAUUCAGCUAUUGAUUGUGGAAUAUAAAGACAUUGCCCGGAUUCAAUGGGACUGGAAAAUUGCCCUGCUGUUUGUGGCGUUUGCCCUCUGCAUGUUCUGCCUGUACAGCUUCAUGCCAUUGGUGAUGAAAGUCACUAGUGCCACUUCAGUCAACCUGGGCAUCCUGACAGCUGACCUCUACAGCCUUUUCUUUGGGCUUUUCCUAUUCGAGUAUAAGUUCUCAGGACUCUACAUCCUGUCAUUCACAGUCAUCAUGGUAGGCUUCAUCUUGUACUGUUCCACCCCAACACGCACAGCGGAGCCAGCAGAAAGCAGCGUACCCCCCGUCACCAGCAUCGGGAUCGACAAUCUGGGACUGAAGCUUGAGGAGAGUGGUCUCUCAGAGACCCACUCUGCAGUCUUGUAGCUGGACAAGCCACAGACUCCAGCGAGCGUGCCACCGGGAGAGAGUAGAGCCUGCCACUGCCAAGGGCCUAUCUGAGGGGACAUCAGCCUCAGAGGGAAAGCCCACUGUAAUGGAUUACAUCCAUGGUUAGAUCGCAGAAAGGA